AUUCCUGCCUCUGGUCCUCAUUAGCCUCCCUCCUCUGCUAUGAGGCUCCUGCUCUCAAUUCUGGGGGUCCUCACCUUGUUAUCCAUAGUUCCUCUGGCCAGGAGCUUCCUUGAGAAACAGGAGUGUUUCUCAAAGUACCGCCACUGUAGGAUGAAGUGCAAAGCUAACGAAUACUCCAUCAGAUACUGUGAGGACUGGAGCAUCUGCUGCCAGGCGAAGAAGAGGGAAGCCAAGAAGAAGAAGAUGUGGUGACACACUGAUCUCCCUCUUCUCAGAUCCCAGGGAAAGGCACUGGAAGUAGAUACAAGUUCCUUGUCUACCUACGAAUAAAUAGUAUGAUGAGUAAAAGGGAUUUCACAACAAUUUCAUGCUUAGAUGGUCACAUGCACAUAAACACACGUCUUAUCGUGC